AUGUCACCGGCGAGCGGCCGGCUGCAGGUCGCCGCCAUCGUCCGCUCGGAUAACGGCGUCAUCGCCCUGCCGGGCGGCAUGGUGGAUGCGGGCGAGAUCGUCUCGGCGACGGUGCGGCGCGAGUUUGCGGAGGAAGUGCUCAAUCUGCCGAGCGAGGCCCGCGCCGCCAGAGCGCAGCGCUCCGAGGUGACACGGCUGCUCGACCAGCUCUUUGCGGGAGGCGGCGGCGGAAAGGUCGUGUACCGCGGCUACGUCGACGACCCGCGCAACACGGACAACGCUUGGUGA